AUGGUGAAGGAGGAGCUGAACUUUGACCUCCCUGAAGAUAUAAUUCUGCAGAUUUUGUGUAGGUUGCCAGUCAAGUCUUUGAUUCAGUUCAGUUGUGUAUCGAAACGGUGGCAUAGCAUAAUAAUUUCUGACCCACAAUUUGGAAAAGCCCACCUCAAACUAGCAUCUGAGCAGAGAAGCAUCACUACGAGACUCAUUCUCUCCAUAUCCCCUUAUGUUCAACUACAAACCAGAGUUAAUCUACCCCUUCCAAUUCAAUCCUUGGAAGGUUUAUUUGGAGUUAAUUCUUCGGUCACAAAUCUCACCUUACCAUCCGAGGAGCAUUGCAGAAUUAAAAUACUGGCUUCGUGCAACGGCUUGGUAGUUCUAGGUAAUUUUUACAAAGAGUACUUGUCUAUUUGGAACCCAUCAAUUGGGUUCUUCCGCAAAAUUCCUGCUCCAGACUUGUCAUCAGUAACGAUAAAAUCUAGAACAAUUCAAGUAGAUAAAUAUGGUUUUGGCUAUGUCUCAUCCACUGAUGACUACAAACUUGUUUUAGUAGUCGACAUUGGUUCUGAUGACCCUGUUCCUGCACCGGAUGUUAAGAUCUUCAUAUUCUCAGUGAGAGCUAACUCUUGGAAAAUUAAUGAAGUUUCUCGCUGGCCAUUCCUCGAGUACAGACCGACUAGUGACUGUGGAACUCUUUCGAAUGAAGCGAUCCAUUGGGUUAACCGAUACUAUGACUAUGACUAUCUAGAAGACUCCAUUGAAGCAGUGUUUGAUGUCUGUGCUUUUGAUUUGGAAAAUGAGGAGUUCCGUAAAGUGCCUGUUCCUUGUUUUAACCAAGAUGAUGAUAGAGUUUUCGAUAGAAGAAUGCGGACUGUUGUUCAUUCAGGAGGAUGCCUUUGCGUUUUGGUUCAGACUAUGCAUAACAGGGGUGGGGACCGUGGGGAUAUUGAAUUGUGGAUGAUGAGAGAUUACGGGGUUUCCAAUUCAUGGGUGAAACUCUACAAAUUAAGCAAGUAUGAUUUACCGGUUCCGCAUACAAAAUCUUACGGUUGGCAAUCUUGGGAUCUAAGUUUGGUUACCGAAAGUGGUUCAAUUGUGAUCAAGUUUGACAACGAGUUGCUCAGGAUUGAAUGCCGUAAAGAAGAGAAGCCGGUUUGUGUCGGCCGAUAUAGGCCUGAGGAGGUGUCUGGGUGUUACUUUUUUAACGCGACUGGGUAUGAUGAAACUCUAAUUUCGGUACCAGAAUGA